AUGAAGAAAAAAAUAGAAAGAUUUCCAAAAAUUGGAUCAAUAAAAAUUGCUGAAGAAAUUAAUAGUGAAUUUAACACAAAUUAUUCUGCCAGAACUAUUAAAAAUUAUCUUAAAACAGUUGAUUUGAGUGCUUUUAGACCUUUAAAGAAACCUCUUCUCAGCAGUAAAAAUAUUUUUUCUAGAUUUCAAUAUUCGAUAGAACAUUUAUGGGAUUCUGAAGCCUAUUGGAAAAAAGUUUUAUGGUUAGACGAAGCAAAAAUAAACCUGUUUUGGAUCUGA